GCGACGGGGCUGAGCCGAACGAGACGGGGAGUAGCGGAGGGAGAAGCGGGUAGCGCGUUUCCUAGCGACCGCCGGCGGUACUGUGAUCACCGAUUGAGCAGCAGGCCCAGGAAUCCGAUCAGAGUGACAGAGGAGUCGUGUGUGUGGUAUGACGACCCCUAACAAAGGAAACAAAGCCUUAAAGGUGAAGCGGGAGCCUGGGGAAAAUGGGACCAGCUUGACAGAUGAGGAGCUGGUCACCAUGUCUGUGCGGGAACUCAACCAACAUCUAAGAGGGCUGUCCAAGGAGGAGAUUAUUCAGUUAAAACAGAGGAGACGCACACUGAAGAACCGUGGUUAUGCUGCCAGUUGCAGAGUGAAGAGGGUCACCCAAAAAGAGGAGUUAGAAAAGCAGAAAGCUGAACUGCAGCAAGAGGUGGAGAAGCUUGCCUCUGAGAAUGCCAGCAUGAAAAUGGAACUUGAUGCUCUUCGCUCGAAGUAUGAAGCACUGCAAAACUUUGCAAGGACUGUUGCUCGCAGCCCUGUGACUCCCGCACGGGGGCCUAUCACUUCCUCCAUUGGGCCUCUCAUUCCUGGAAAGGUUGCAGCAACUAGUGUCAUCACAAUCGUGAAGUCAAAAACAGAUGCCAGGUCUUAGUACAUCACGAGGUGGGGACAGCAUCACAGUAGGCUAAAGCAAAAGAAGAAUAUGGUGGCUUUUCACUGCAGCACAGUAAGGUGACGGCACUCC